AUGUUGUUCACUCAAAGGGCGCCGGCAUUCGAUGUUUGCCGCCAAUCUUUAAAUAUCAACCUCGGCCGCCAGUUUUCCAAUGUUCGCAGCGAGCCUAGCAAGGAUAGCAAUAACCAUAAUCUCACCAGCGAGAGCGGCGGCGGGUUUGGAGGUGGGAGGAACAGAAGUGGCUGCUACGAGGUAGCGGAUGCGGAGAGCAGCAGCACCGGCAGCAGCAGCAGGGCCGCCAGCGACUCGACAACACCCUCGCCCACGAACCUGACGGCCAACGAGAGCUUCUCCCGUCUGUCCCUCGAAGCUCCCGAUGACAUCCCGCGGGGGUCGCCUGGUCCCUGGACGUAUUCUUCGACAGCCGAGCAGAUCUUCUCGACGCGGGUGUUCGCAACAGAGCGCAACACAUCAGAGAUGGAUUCGCCAAUGCAGGUGUCCCAGUCACUUAGCUUCACGGUGAUAUCUUCCCCCGCGUCAGCAAUGCUCGAAGAAGACGUCGUUCCCAAGAUUGAGGAGAUCGAGGACGAAGAAGAUGGAACGGUACCGCUUAGUCUCCACCACGGCGAGCCACAGGAUGGCAAAAGUGAUGACGUCCCUCCAUCGCCGACGGCCUGCGUUCCUCGAAAGCGCGGUCGACCACGCAAGCACCCUCCUCCAGUGCCGGGCCAGGCAAAGGUCACCAAGGGCAGAUCGAAGACCGGAUGCAUAACGUGUCGGCGGCGGAAGAAGAAAUGCGACGAGACGAAGCCGGCAUGUCUGAACUGCCAGAAAAACGCCGUCGUCUGUGAGGGCUAUCCGGUCAAGGAGGUGUGGAAGAGCGGGAAGCAGAAGAUCGAAGAAGCCGCCAGGAGACACUCCUUUGCGAUUCUUGCCCGCGGCCUGCCGGUCCUCAUCGACGGCAUCGAGACGGAUAUCGAUAGACGCUUCCUCGACCACUUUGUCAACGACUUCAGCCGAGUCCUCACACUGAUCAACGAUGACUCCAACCCGUUCAAGGAGAUCCUGCUGCCCAUGGCUACGCAGCACAAGGGCCUAAUGCACUCGUUAAUGUGCCUGGCGGGCUCUCAUCUCUCUGCCCGAGACCCAGAGCCGAUGCUGAAGGAACGGAAACACUACCACUUCCAUCGCGCAAUCACGAAUCUACGAAAUACCAUUGCCGCCCAAUCCUCAGCCUGCGCGUCCUCCUCAUCCCCUUCGACCACCGCCUCGACUACGACGACCGAGACUUCGCCAGGAUCGUCGAGGGCGAAAGAGUGUCGGGAGAGCCUACCGGUCGAGGAUCCCAUGAUUGCGUCUACGAUUGCGCUAUGUCUACAUACUAUCUGUGAGGGAGAGACCAAGGGCGAGUACCGUUCUCAUAUGGAUGCAGCGAGGUACCUUCUGAUCACCCAACGACCAAGAAAUGAAAAAUUCAGGCAGUUUAUCGUGGAAUUUUUCCAGUACCACGAUGUCUCCAACUCGGUGACAACGCUGGAUCGACGGCCAGUCUGCUUUGCUGGUGACCUUCGCCUGCCUGACUUUGUCCCCCAUGCCCAGGCCGGGGCCCUGCUAGGUAUCUUCGAUGGCCUGUUCCAUUACAUAUCUGAAAUUACGGUCCUCCGGGAUAGGAUACGGCAACGGAUAAACCAAGGCAUUGAACCUGCCAUCGAUUAUCAGACGCUCAGCGAAGCAGUUGGAAUAGACUCGCAAAUUCGUGCGUGGGAGCCCUCCUACCCUGCAGACAACCCCAACUGGCUGGCAUCACAGCUGUAUAGACAGUCUACCUGGGUGUACCUAUACAGAACAAUUCGUCCCUCUCGUCCCGACGAGAAGAUAUCGCAAGUGGUCGACGACGGUCUUCUCUAUCUAAACCAACUACCGUUAGACGCCGGUGCAUAUAGUAUUCUCUUGAUGCCACUGUUCCUCCUAGGGUGCUCUGCCUUUGAACCUUACCAGCGAGAACGCAUCAAAGCUGGAUUCGAUAGCCUACAGGCCUAUUCAAGCCUACGGAACAUCACCCCUGCUCUUCGAGUGGUAGAGAAAGUCUGGGAUGUUAUGGACACAAGCCCAAACCUUAGCUGGGACUGGGAGAAAAUCAUCGAUGACAUGAACAUGGACUUUUUGAUAACAUGA